AUGGAGGAGGCUGGCCCAUGUGAAGGCCUGAGGACUCAGGGUGAGCCCGAGAGAACAGACACUUCAUGGGGAGGCAGCGUGUUCUGCAGGAAUCCAGGUUUCAGGAAAUACAAAGUGGAAAAGUCAGUACCCCGUGACGGGGCUGAGGAUGCAGGGGAAUUGGAAGAUCAGUGCGAGAGGCUGGGAGAUGGCUGCCAGCUGAAAUCAGGGACUCAAGCUUACUCAAUUACACUCAGUGAGAAUAAGACCCCCAUUCUUACAGCAUCCCAAGCAAGAGUUCUGAGGGUGGAGGCAGCUACCUUCAGAAAAGGUAGACCAUAUAGAGGUGCAUGGUUAUUGGGAGGCAAAAUGUGUGUAGAGGAAGAAGAGAAAUUCCUGAUUUGUGUUCUUUUUCUGAUUCUUUUUAGAGUUGGUGGUUCCAGGAUUUUCCUCAGAAUGACAUUAGGAAGAGAAUUGAUGUCUCCUCUUCAGGCAAUGUCUUUGUAUACUACAGCUGGCAGAAAUGUUUUAAGAUGGGAUCUUUCACCGGAGCAAAUUAAAACAAGAACUGAGGAGCUCAUUGUGCAGACCAAACAGGUGUAUGAUGCUGUUGGAAUGCUCGAUAUUGAGGAAGUCACUUAUGAGAAUUGUCUGCAGCCACUGGCAAAUGUAGAAGUAAAGUAUAUAGUGGAAAGAACCAUGCUAGACUUUCCUCAGCAUGUAUCCUCUGACAAAGAAGUACGAACUGCAAGUACAGAAGCAGACAAAAGACUUUCUCGUUUUGAUAUUGAGAUGAGCAUGAGAGCAGAUAUAUUUCAGAGAAUUGUUCGUUUACAGGAAACCUGUGAUCUGGGGAAGAUAAAACCUGAAGCCAGACGAUACUUGGAAAAGUCAGUAAAAAUGGGGAAAAGGAAUGGGCUCCAUCUUCCAGAACAAGUACAGAAUGAAAUCAAAUCAAUGAAGAAAAGAAUGAGUGAGCUCUGUAUUGACUUUAACAAAAACCUCAACGAGGAUGAUACCUUCCUUGUAUUUUCCAGGGCCGAACUUGGUGCUCUUCCUGAUGAUUUCAUUGAUAGUUUAGAAAAGACAGAUGAUGACAAGUAUAAAAUUACUUUAAAAUAUCCACACUAUUUUCCUGUCAUGAAGAAAUGUUGUGACCCUGAAACCAGAAGAAGGAUGGAAAUGGCUUUUAAUACAAGAUGCAAAGAGGAAAACACCAUAAUUCUGCAGCAGCUACUCCCAUUGCGGGCCAAAGUGGCCAAACUUCUUGGCUAUAGCACACAUGCUGACUUUGUCCUUGAACUGAACACGGCAAAGAGCACAAGUCACGUGACAACCUUUCUAGAUGACUUAAGCCAGAAAUUGAAACCCUUGGGUGAAGCAGAACGAGAGUUUAUUUUGAAUUUGAAGAAAAAGGAAUGUGAAGAAAGAGGUUUUGAAUACGAUGGUAAAAUCAAUGCCUGGGAUCUGCAUUACUACAUGACUCAGACAGAAGAACUCAAGUACUCCGUAGACCAAGAAUUCCUCAAGGAAUACUUCCCAAUUGAGGUGGUCACUGAAGGCUUGCUCAACACCUACCAGGAGCUGUUGGGACUUUCAUUUGAGCAAGUGUCAGAUGCUCAUGUCUGGAAUAAAAGUGUCACACUUUAUACUGUGAAGGAUAAAGCUUCAGGAGAAGUAUUGGGACAGUUCUAUUUGGACCUCUAUCCAAGGGAAGGAAAAUACAACCAUGCAGCCUGCUUUGGUCUCCAGCCUGGCUGCCUUCUCCCUGACGGAGGCCGCAUGAUGGCUGUGGCUGCCCUUGUGGUGAACUUCUCACAACCAGUAGCUGGCCGUCCCUCUCUCCUGAGACAUGACGAGGUGAGGACCUACUUCCAUGAGUUUGGUCAUGUCAUGCAUCAGAUUUGUGCACAGGUGAGUGAUUUUUUUAUCUUUAUUUUUACAGUAAACCUACUAAGCUUCUCCAGAACUUUUUUUCACUGCUGUCAGGUUUCUCCCCUUAGCAUGUUUUUUCAGAAGCUGAACAUGUUCAAGAAUUUCAUAAACUUUCUGCAAAAACAAAAUUUUCCUUAUCACGUCGUCUUUUACAACAUAUUUUUAUUCAGAGGUUAAUCUACCAGUGAAAGAGCUUCCUUGAAUAACAGCCUGUGGAAAAAGAAUAAGACUAUCAUUAAGGAAGGAUUAUAAAUACUUUGCUUUUUCUUUUUAAUUCCUUCUUUUUAUCCACAAGAAUUUGGUAUAAAUUUCACAGAAAAACUGCUGUGA